ACUACACCUCACAACAAACUAAGAGAGAUAAUAAGACCAAAACAGAGCAACGAAUUAUGGUUUCUGCUUUACCAGCUCCUCGGAUUGUUCUUCACUGCUAGAAUAGAACCGACCCUUUCCUUCAAAAUUUGAUCCUUUUCAUUCCAUACCCAUCAAAAUUUCUGAGCUUCCCAUACUUUUUCUGGAGUUGAAAAUUCAAAAAAGGACCAAAUUUCAGGAGUCUAUCCUCUUGUUGUGGGUCGGAUCUUGUACUUACAGAACUGUCACAUCUGAAACAACACUACGAUUCUUCGAGUCAAUCAAUCAAUGGAGGAGACGAGGAAGUUCGUGUGCAAGUUCUGCAGCAAGAGGUUCCCUAGUGGCAAGUCUCUGGGCGGUCACAUUAGAACUCACCUGAAUCAACAUUCAAGCAAUAAGACCAUUACUGCUAACAAUCCAGGCAAGUUCGGGAUCAGUAACAAUGGUGUUGAUGCUGCAAGAAAGAAGAGGAAGGAGAGAGAUUUAAGCUCAGAUUAUGGCCUCAGAGAGAAUCCCAGAACGACAAAGAGGUUUGUUGAUCAUCAUCCCGGCCUCACUUUACAUCAUAAUAAGGAGAAGUUCUGUAGAGAAUGUGGGAAAGGAUUCCCUUCUUUGAAAGCUCUAUGUGGUCACAUGGCUUGUCACUCUGAGAAAGAGAAGCAGAAAUUGGCAAUCAUGGAUUCUCAAUCUGAUACUGAAGCUUCUGAUCUAGAAGAUUUCAAGAGAACCAGGUUCAUGACCCUUAACAAUAAUCAAAGUAACCUAACUUCUUCUUCUUUGUCAGAGGUUGAACAAGAAGAAGAUGAUGAUGAUGAUGGAGAAGUAAAAGAGGUGGCUAAGUUCUUGAUAUUGUUGUCCAAGGGUCACUAUAACCAAAGAGGUUGUUUUGGUUUGGAGAAGGAGUCUAAUUCUGACAACUAUUCUGCAGUUUUAGAGGCCAAAUCACCGACUGUUGAUGCCAGAAUUGUCAUUAACGAUGGCCAGAAUAAGGUCAAGAAUAAGAACUCUGUCUAUAAUGCUUCUCAGCUUGUGAAGGUGGGAAAGGACAAGAUGAAGUCGAAGUUUUCAGAUUCUGGGUGUUCUAGAAAUGGUUCCAAAAAGGAAGAUUCAAAUAUUUCAAUUGAUGGGGUUUUCAGGAAUGAUGGUUUUAAUCGACCAAAAGUGGAAGAUGAAUAUGGAUUUAAGAUGAUGAUAAACAACAGAUGCUACAGAAGAAGCAGCAGGAACAUAGAAUCCAAAAAACUAGUGUUGGGGAAUUCAGAUUAUGCUAAGUUUGAUUCAUUUAACAGUGCCAAACAUGAAAAUCUUAGUCACAAUUUGGAUGAAGUUUCCUGCAAGAAGAAGAAAAAAAGUUUUCCUAAUGAUGAAGACUACAACAAAGACUCAUAUGAUUCAGAAUCUUAUGCAAGUGCUGAGAAAAGCACAGACAGUACUGACUCUGAUUCUUUUCCUUAUUCUUAUCAGAAGCCAAAGAGCAGCAAGAGUAGUAACAACAAGGCCAAGAAGAAAGUGAUGAAGAAAUCAAAGAAAACAAAGGAGCAUGAGUGUCCCAUCUGUAACAAAACUUUCAGGUCAGGCCAAGCCUUGGGAGGUCACAAAAGGUCCCAUUUUAUUGGUGGAUUUGAAGAGAACCACAACAACACCACUGGAAUAGUCAAACAAGAUUCUCCUUCUCCUUCUCCUUCUGUUGUUCCUUGCCUGAUUGAUCUUAAUCUACCUGCUCAUCCCGAUGAAUAAGAAAUCCUGGCUUAAUUUUCAUCAUUUUCAAGCAUCUGAUCUGGUAGUGUCUGGACUGAUGAAUUCUGAGAAUCUUUUGUCACUGUCCAAUGAUGAAAGUAAAUGAAAAUGAUCAGGCAAAUAGGUAAAUCUUUUAUUCUCCUUUGCUUUUCUUCUCCUUUCGGUAGGAGAUAACUGCUAGUUUUUUCCCCCUUUCUCCUCUUGCUGCGAAUGUUGAGUUCAACUUUAACCUUCACUGAAUCUAUCACUAUAAAGAAUUUUUUGUC